AUGUUAACACUUGCCGAACCACUUUCAUCUGGUAGUGGACAGCAACAUAAGCAGAAUGGCGGAGUACUUGAUACACUUCACAGUGACAUACCGAAACUUAAACAAGUGAUUGAUUUGUUGCUUAAAGAUAUUCAACAAGGAAAACAUUUAUUGCUAGUCGAGAACCAGGGAUUGCAAAAUAAAAAUAUCGCAAACAGACUGUUACAGAUUUUAAACCACCCUACGGAAUAUUUGCAAUUACACCGCGAUAUAACGAUACAGUCUUUGAUAGAACAGCCAAAUCACGAAACCGGCAUGUACGAGGAUUCACCACUGAUUAAAGCCGUUAAAUAUGGUUGCGUCCCAGUGGUCACCACUGCUGUGUUCGGUGGUUAUGGCACGGGACCACAUUCUGCUACAGCUGUAGCCACAGGUUCAGCCGUCACCACGGCAACAGCAUUGACUUAUAGUAAGGGUAGCUCGACUGCUACGGCAACUGCUUCCGGUUCGUCAGUAGCCAUUGCCAUAGCACACUCAUACGACGCAGGAGUAGUCAACGCCACAGUGACCACUUGUGGCUCAUCAGUUAGCUGGGGCACAGCAGACGCAUACAAUGCAGGACGCGCCACUGCUACAGUAACCUCUACUGGUUCAUCUGUUGCCGGCGCCAUAGCAAGAGCACAAGACUCAGGAGUUGCUACCGCCACGGCAUCCACUACUGGCUCAGCGUCCGUCAAGGCCAGAGCAACAAGUUAG